AUGGUGCUAGACCAUGAGGGAUUAGCUCCGUCAGCACACAACAAAAAUAGCCUGAUUCCACAGCACACUACAGGCAACCACACAUUCACUAGCCACCCUGAACUGAGAGAAAGUAAGAUGGCAAGCAAAACGGCCAACAAACAAAGACAGAAGGCCAGCUUACAGCCGCCAGAUCCAAGAUGGCAGCGGAGCCACGCGCUCCCGCAACCCUGCAUUACGCAAGCUGAAGGGGACAUCAAGCUCCUAACAGCGGAUCUAAAGCAUAAUAUAAGGGCGGAUUUUCAAAAACUAGCCACAAAUAUCAAGAGAGAUGUGCAAGCUAUAGGCGAUCAGACAGCUCAUUUGAAAGAUAAAAUGGAGGAGGUCAUUGAGGCCCAUAACACCAUGGCUGAUGCGUAUACUACGUUCCAAUCCCAACUGCAACAGAUGGAGAAGAAAAUGGUGGACCUCGAGGACAGGGCCCACAGGAACAACAUCAUGCUGAGUGGCAUACCCGAGGAAAUCAAAGCUUCUGAAUUGAAAGAAUACGUCACGCAACUGUUUCGGGCUCUGCUGCCAGAGGCAAAAAAAACAGAUUUGCAUCUGGAUAGAGUACACAGGCCAGCAGUGGUACCCAGUGACAUGAUUGUCCGUCCGAGUACACUUCUACACAAUGAAGGAAAGGCUCAUGCUGGCAGCAUGAGACCCACGAGGCCUGGAAGAUCGCUUUGCAGGAGUAGAACUGUAUGCGGACUUAUCCCCAGCCGCAAAGGAGAGCGUUCGCUCCAUCACCAAAGGCUUGGGGGGUCGGGACUGGGGGAGGGUGGAUGUCCAUGG